CUGUCGUCAAUUGGGUCCAGUCUCGAGGAUCAAUGCAGGUCCAAUUCGCGGAUCCCUGGAAAGCACCACACGAGCAUUCGACAGGAAACAGCAGCCGGAAACAAUCAUCGUGGCGGCUGGCCACUGGAAAUUCGUCAAAUCGCUGUCACGAAAGAGUGAAAUCAUCACGAAAAAACACGAACGAAGAAAUAACGAGAAAAUCGAGCCAUCGAAUCGCCGGGCGUGUACCGAAUUCGGAACGCUAGAAUUCAAGCGUCGGGCCAGAUUCUCGGAAGCAGGGGUAGAUCGUCCGCAGGCAGGGUAUCAGAUCAGUAUUAGGAUCAGAAGCAGAAGCAGGAUCAGGAGCAGGAGCAGGAGCAGGAGCAAGGAUCAGUCAUGGGCACGGCGGCAGCAGUAGCGGCAGCGGAUGCGCGGUGACGCGAGCGGAAGAGGAAAUUGCGACAGGCGGUAGCAAUCGAUCGACCUCGUGCGCGGGCAGGGUUUAGGGUUUCACAAAAUCUCCUCGAGGAUUCGAAUUGGGCGACCGCAAAUUCGACCCCGCGACGGUUUUUUCCGUUGCGCUGCGCAUGGCUCCGAUUCGAGUGUCGAGCGGGUGGCGGGCAUUGUGAGCCCACGGGCCAUCGCCAUCACCAUCAUCAUUACCAUCGCCAUCGUCAUCGUCGUUGAGGGUUCACCGGAUUUGGAUUUCCUGCCGCAGGUGGCGUGAGGAGAUCGGCCCUCAGGGCGAGGAUCGGGCGGGGAGGAGGGUCCAUGUAGAGGAGAGAGGGAGGGAGGGCAGCCGGAGAAUUUCUCAUGGUAAACGCGGUACAGGUAACGACUAAUCCGAUGUUUCGAGCAAUUCGAUUUCAGUCGCACCGCGGGCUCUUGCGCCGGCCCGAAUCGCGCGUCGGUCAAAAGUGGUCGAGGGGCGGGGCGGCGGCUCAGAAGAAGGAGGGCGACGCGACGCCCGAGGCUUGUUCGUCGUCGUCAUCGUCGUCGCUAGGAGGAGACAGGAGGUCGGUGCUUGAUGCGUUUCAGCGGUACUGGCCGGCCACGCAGUCGUCGAUCGCCGAUGCAAUUCCCCGAUGGAGGGAGAAACCCCGUGGCCCGCGAAGCGUCGUAGAUUCUCGCGUAGAGUUCGCAAUUUCGUCUCGUGAGCUUUCGUAUUAUGCUGCGCAGCCGUAUUCCGAUGACGAGUAUGAUUCUUCCGACAAUGCAGAGAUGUUGUUCGAUGUAGACAGCUGGAGGAGGAGGCUGAACCGCCUCCUCGCGAGCGAUCAUCAGGAGUUGAUUUCCCGCGACAAGAAGGACCGCCAAGAUUUCGCGCACUUGGGACCUUUGCUCCACGAGCUGGGUCUCUAUGGGCAAAUGUACUCGAAAAUCGUCGUCUUCAGCAAGCUUCCUCUGCCGAAUUACCGGCCGGACUUGGACGAGAAGCGCCCGCAGCGAUUGGUGAGCUUCAGUCCCCAUGUCAAAGAAUCCGUGGACUCAUGUCUUCAGAGGCAUCUCAUGCAGAAGAAGGAGUACCCGGGUUCGGAGUUUUCGAGCGACCGCAGCGAUGGGUUCGAGUCCGACCGAGAGAACAUGCAGCAGGGGGAGACUGAGCACUUUGGCACGAAGCGGAACAUCGCCAGGGUAGAGGAAUUGAUGAAGGAGGAGAGGCAGAAGCGGAAAAGCUUGCGGAUGCGGAACAGGCAGAGGAGCUGGCAGGAGCUACCCGAGGGCCAGAAAAUGCUCAGCUUCCGUCGGUCUCUGCCGGCAUACAGCGAGAGGGAGAAGCUGCUGGCCGCCGUGGCUGCGAAUCAAGUUCUCGUCGUCUCGGGCGAGACUGGUUGCGGAAAGACCACCCAAUUGCCCCAGUACAUUCUCGAGUCGGAGAUCGCUGCAGGGCGCGGUGCCGAGUGCAGUAUCAUCUGCACUCAGCCGAGGCGGAUUUCCGCAGUGUCGGUCGCGGAGCGAGUCGCAGCCGAGAGAGGGGAGGAGCUCGGGGAAUCUGUGGGUUAUCAAGUGCGUUUGGAGGGGAAGAGGGGAAGGGACACAAGGUUGCUGUAUUGCACGUCGGGGAUUUUGCUGCGGCGGCUGAUGAAUGACUCGGAGCUGAAAGGAGUCACUCACGUGCUCGUCGAUGAGAUACACGAGAGGGGAAUGAACGAAGAUUUUUUGCUGAUUGUUUUGAAGAACCUUCUCCAACGAAGACCUGAUCUCAAGUUGGUGCUCAUGAGUGCCACUCUUAACGCCGAGCUCUUCUCUUCAUUCUUCGAUGGAGCUCCCAUGCUUCACAUUCCGGGGUUCACUUAUCCCGUCGAGUCUUUUUUCCUCGAAGACGUUCUCAAGCAGACGGGCCACUUUCUGACGCCCAUGAAUCAGAUCGACGACUAUGGACAGGACAAGCAGUGGAAAAUGCAGAAACAAAUGCGAGGUAGGUCACGCAAGAAUCAAGUGAAUUCGAUAGCGGACGCAGCGUUAGCAGAGCAGGAUUACUCCGAUCUUCACUACAGGAUACGAGAUUCGUUAGCCUGCUGGAAUCCCGAGAGCCUGAAUUUCAACCUAAUUGAGAAACUUCUAGCGCACAUAUGCAAGCAGGACAAGGAGGGAGCUGUGCUGGUGUUCAUGACGGGGUGGGAAGAUAUUUCUGCUUUGAUGGAUCAGCUCAAGGAGCACCCUGUGUUGGGUGACACCGAGCAGGUCAUGCUUCUGGGUUGCCAUGGGUCGAUGCCGACGGCGGAGCAGAAGUUGAUCUUCAAUCCAGCGCCACCAGGCAUCCGGAAGAUAGUUCUAGCCACCAACAUGGCCGAGACAAGUAUCACCAUCAACGACGUGGUUUUUGUGGUGGAUUGUGGCAAGGCCAAAGAGACUUCCUAUGACGCUCUGAACAACACUCCGUGCCUUCUGCCUCAGUGGAUCUCUCAAGCUUCUGCUCGCCAGAGGAGGGGAAGGGCGGGAAGGGUCAAGCCCGGAGUUGCGUAUCAUCUAUAUCCCAAAGCCGUGCACGAUGCUCUGGAUCAGUAUCAGCUGCCGGAGCUGCUGCGGACGCCGUUGCAGUCUCUUUGUUUGCAGAUCAAGAGCCUGGGGCUCGGAAGCAUCGAAGAGUUUUUGGGCAAGGCUUUGCAGCCUCCGGAGCAGCGUGCGGUGCACAACGCCGUGCAGCUCUUGAAGACGAUCGGGGCGCUGGACGACAGGGAAAAUCUGACCGACUUGGGGCGCCACUUGUCGCAGCUGCCUGUAGAGCCCAGGCUGGGGAAGAUGCUACUCAUGGGCUCCAUCUUCCGGUGUUUGGAUCCGGUGCUGACCAUCGCCGCGGGGCUGACCACGAGAGACCCGUUUCUGAUGCCCAUGGAGAAGAAAGAACUGGCAGACGAAGCCAGAUUGAAGUUUGCUGGCGAGGAUUUUAGCGACCAUCUAGCUCUCGUACGAGCCUACGAUGGCUGGCAGGGGGCGAUGAAGCAAGGAAUGGCAGGCGAAUUCUGCUGGAAGAAUUUCCUCUCCUCGCAAACGCUGCAGUCCAUGUACUCGCUGCGCAAGCAAUUCGCUGGCUUGCUGUCAGACGCUGGCUUCGAAAUGAACCGUAGCAACGAGUUCAGCGGCGACUGGGACCUGGUGCGCGGAGUGAUUUGUGCAGGCCUUUUCCCCGGAGUAGCCUCGGCUGUGCAGAAGUCGAGGUCCGUCACCAUCAAAACCAAGGAGGAUGGGCAGGUGAACUUGCACCAGAACUCGGUCAACGGACGAGAGUCACGACUGAUUUACCCUUGGCUGGUCUUCAACGAGAAGGUCAAGACGUCGAGUGUCAACAUCCGGGAUUCAACUGGAAUAUCCGACUCCAUUCUCCUCCUGUUCGGGGGAGAGGUGAGGAAGGGUUACGAGCCGGGCCACCUUCUGAUGCAGGACGGGUUUCUGGAGUUUUUUAUGGAUAGAGAUUUGGCCACCAUGAUUUUGAUGCUGAGGGAAGAACUGGAUGAACUCAUCCAAAGGAAACUGGAGGAUCCGGAAAUGGACAUUCACGCCGAGGGCUACAAUCUGAUACAAGCAAUCCUCGAGCUUCUACAUGGGGACGAGUGUCAAGGCAAGUUCGUGUACGGUAGGAAGGUUGCCAGCCACAGCCAGAAAGACAAACCGGUGCAAGAACAGGAAGAGGACGUCAAAGGUCUUCUACAGCAGUUGGUUCAGCGAGGGGGCAAGGCGCCUCCCAAGUGGAAGACGAAGGCUCUCUCUCGUGGAGGAUUUCAGUCUACAGUCAUCGUCAGGAACAAGUCUUUCCUCGGCAAACCAGCAACCAGCAAAAAGCAAGCCGAGAAGAAUGCGAGCAAAGUGGCUCUGGAAUGGGUUCUGCACUCCGACGCUCCCAAGGGCAGACUUCUUGGCAAGAAAGACGGAAAUGCCGUCGCGAGUGCCCCCGAGGCUGCAUUAUCUCUAUUUAUGAAAUCGGAUGAAACGCUUAGAGGUGGCAAACGGUCGAAGAGAAAGUCGAAAGUCAGAAUAUCAACAUGAUAGGUCAGUUACAAGUAGCUUUGAAUUUCAUCAGUUUAGGACAUGACAGUCAAAUGUAAAUUUAGUGGCUGAAUCGGCCAAUCAAAACCAUACAGCGGGACCUUAUUUUUGUAGAGUAUGAGAACCUAGAACGUUUAUUAGUCGAUAUGUUGAGAAGAGUGUACGAAUACUGGAUGAAUUUUUCGGUAAAUUCAUUGUCCUGGUCAUGUCAGGGUAGGCGUAAUAACAAGGGCUGUUCACUUUGUACAGUCUGAAAGACUUUACCAGUUUAAACCGUGCGUGUAUUCCAACGCCGAUGGAACUCUCACGUAAUUAAUGUUCGCAGUACC